GCUCAAAAUCAUUUUUAGAUGUAAAUUCAAUUUUUCAAGGAAUUAAGGAUCUAUCUAUGGCAAGACAAGCAACAAGUGAUUUAGUAGAGAAUCAAACUAGAUUAUUUCAAACGACUAUGAGUGAGAUUUCGAAAUCAAUCAGCAAUAUAUCCAACCAUCAACAAAAACUAGAAGAAAAUUUUCAACUCCUCCAAACCCAGGCAAUCAAGAAUACUAUGACAAUCAAUACAUUAAUGGUAAAAACUACUUUGUUAGAACAAUCUAUCAUUUUAGAAUCUCUCCUUAAUCAGUACGCGUAUGAAACGCAAAACCUCAUUUCUAUUAUAAAUUCAGCAAUUCGUGGAAAAAUUCAUUCCACAGUAAUACCACCAAUAAAGCUUCUCAGAGAACUCGGAGCAAUCCAAUUAACGUUGCCAGCAGGAACCCUGUACGGGCCGGAUACGAAACAAUAAUAGGCCGUGCCGCCCGGUCACCAAAAAUACUUCGCGCGGUACUCACACACCGACCGACCUGUGUAAAAGUGUGUAUAUGUGUAUAGCGACUCAAAGGAAGUGGACGGGGUCGCCGAGCAAGACCGAAGAGUGCUAGUGUGUGGUGUGUGUGUAAGUGUGUAUUUGUGUGAGUGUGUGCUUAAAAACUAAUAAUAAAAGGUAACACGUUCAAGUAAAU